UCCUAGUCCCCUGUUCUUAGGGUUUCCUUUUAGGGUUCUUAGCUUAGGGCAAACUGUAUAGCUGACGUGGCAUAUCUAGAUAUUCUUUUGGAUAUUUCUUGUUUGAGUGAGAGGUGAGAGGAGAAGAGAACGAUGGCUUGCAGUGUUCCCGGCCUUUGCGGGACUAGGGCAACGUUUAGGGUGUGCGAGCAGCGCCUGGGAUCCGGCCUGGGGUUCCUCCCGUCGCCAUGGCGCUCCAGAUCAUCUGCGCCAUUGCUAGCGCGCCGGAUUGGAUUCCACCAGGUACGCGCCUCGCUCGCGCCAGGAUCGGCCGCCGAGCGCCUCCAAUCCCUCUCCGGCGUCGUCAGCGAUGAGAAUGUGCCCGAGGGCCACUCGGGGCUGCACGGAUUCCUCUACGGCGAGGCCGGGGCGGAGGUCCACGGCGACGGCGCCGCCAAGGAAUUCCAGGGCCGGGAAGGGGAGGACGAUGGAACCAGCGUCCUGGAGCUCGAGAGCUAUGUCUCGGCGAGAGAGAGCAUCAAAUUCCCGGGGGUCUACGCCGUCUAUGGCAAGAACAAGGCGAUGGAGUACGUUGGCUUCUCCAGGAACGUCGUCCUGUCGCUCAAGACGCACAGAACCCGAGCCGGCGAGGAGCGCUGCGCGUUUGUGAGGGUGAAGCUCUUUGGCGAUCCAUCGCUCGUCACCAAGUCGAGGCUGGAGGAAGAGAAGCAGCGCUGGAUACGAGAGCUCGAGGCCGUACCACCAGGGAACUCCCCGGAAGAACAGAGCCUCUGGUCUUCUUCCGCAAAGGUGGUGGAGACGAGCAGCGCCAAGGCCAAGUCCAUGUCCGAGAGCGAGCGGAGGGAGUACGAGGAGAAGAAGCUCAAGCUGCGCAAGGCCAUGGGCGAGAACUUGCACGACGACGUCGAUGGCGAGGACGAGGAUGCCAAGCUGCGGCGCCUCAAGAUCUUGCAGGCCGUGGAGGGCGAUAACUGGAGCAGUGUGAUCGAUGGCCAGACCAUGGAAACUGUUGGCUCCUCCGCUGGUUCUUCGUCUUCGGACGCUUCUUCUUCGACUUCUUCGCGCGAGGUGGUGAGCCCGUUUGAGUCGAGCAACACGAGCAGCACCGCGGGCAGUGGCUUGUACUCUACCGAGACGUAUGAUUUCACCGCGGAGAACGUUGACAAGGUGCUGGACGAGGUGCGGCCAUACCUGGUAGCUGAUGGCGGCAAUGUGGCCGUCGUCUCGGUCGCUGAUGGAACCGUCUCGCUGGAACUCCAAGGGGCUUGCGGGACUUGUCCCAGCUCCACGUCCACCAUGAAAAUGGGAAUCGAGCGAGUCCUCCGGGAGAAAUUCGGCGACGCUGUGAAAGAAGUGGUCGACAUCAACAGGCCAAGUGUAACUUUGACAUUUGAAGCCUUGAAUGGACAGAUUGACAUGCUGAGAAGCGCCAUCGAAGGCUACGGUGGUGUGGUACAGCUCGCCACUGUUGAUCCUGCCAAGGGAGAGUGUCAAAUAAAAUACAAAGGCCCGGUGCCGCUGGGCCUGGGGAUCAAGGCUGCCAUCAGAGACAAGUUCCCGGAGCUCAACGUCGUCUUGAUCGAUCCUUAGAGGGUCAGAAAACUUGUUUGUGGCUUCAUCACCAUCUGGAAUAACAUGGUGUCAAAAUUCGUCGACGGCGAA